AUGGAUCAGAAGUGGAUAUCAGUUUUCUUGCUGUUCUCAGCUGUGUGUGGUGUAUCUCCAUACGUUCCUCAUCGGUAUCACUUUGUGGAUCAGAGUAAAACCUGGACAGAAGCUCAGAGCUACUGCAGACAGACCUACACUGAUCUGGCCACCAUCAACAACAUGGACGAGAUGAAGAAGCUGAACGAGGCUCUGAAGGGUAAAGGUGGCGACUUCGUUUGGAUUGGUCUGAACAGAGGGAACACUGGAAGAUGGCAGUGGUCUCUGGCAGAUGGAAGUUUCUACAGUGUAGGAAAUUCGUACCAGAAGUGGUACAGUGGAGAACCAAAUAAUGCUGGGGGGAAUGAGUUCUGCAUUGCGAUGAAGCAAGAAGAUGGAACCUGGUUUGAUGAUGAGUGUGGGAUAAUUUGUACUUUUGUGUGUUUUGACGGUAAGAACUACUACUACAGGUUAAUGAAAGGUACAGUCACUUCAAGAAAUCAGUCUGGAACUAAAUAGUGAAA